CGGCACGUCAUUCUCGGACUUUCCGCUCCGUUCUUUAUAUGUUGAUUACUUUUUGUGUAUUUUGCGGCGUUAAUAAAAAUAUUCUAGUGCAUUUCAAACCAAAUUGGAAGAAAGUGUCGACUGUUAGUCACAGUCCGCAUUUGUUUACCUAAAACCACCGUUAAAUGUGUGAAAAUGGCCUUGAAUCCUGAGACAAUUGAGGAAGACUCGUUUAUUAUUCUGGGUACUUCCCCGGGCACUAGUCUGGACAUAAAAUGCAACGGCAACGGCGUAGUGAGCGAUGGGCCGCUGAACAAGUCGCAGAUCGAGGAUGCCUUGAAGGACCUGUCUGCUGAGGCCAGCAUGGCGUUUAAGGCCACAUUCAAACUCGGUGAUUGUCCAUCACCAGCCUCCCUAAUGGUGGCCAGCACCAUAAUCUCUGAAGACAAAAGCACCGAAGAACUCCAGAAGCGCUUCGGAGAGAUCCUCGACGAGAAUGUGCUUCUCAAAGAAACAUUGAAGCAGAACAAUGACUCCAUGAAGGAGCAGUUCUGUCUGAUAGCGUCGUGUCAGGAGGAUAUGAUGAAGACGCAUUCCCUGCAUAAGGAGAAAUUUGAUGAGACGAGGGAGCUGGUGGAAAAGCUGCGUCAAGAAAACAAGAAACUCAAACAAGAGAUAGUCCAGCUAAAAGAGACCAAAGUUAACACUGAAACCGGAGAGGAAGACAAAGUGAAAUCGGGCCCUCCGUCCGCUGUGGAGUUCGUGACGUGCCCUGAUGAUGACACCAUUAAUAAGCUGACAGCACAGUUGGAACUGGUCGAGAAACAACGACGUCAGGUAAUAGUUGACAACGAGAAACUGACCUGGCAGAAGGAGUCCUUGGAGCACAUCGUGGACGCGACAUCCAAAGAACGAGACGACCUUAAGGAGAAACUCAAUGACGUCGAGUUGCAACUUUCCGGCAAAGACAGCGACUAUGCAGCAGAGAUGCACAUGUUAAAGUGCACCAUACAAGACCUCCAGGGCCGUCUGCAGUCUUCCAGCAGCAUUACAAGUCAGUCUUCGGAGGAGAUCAAAAGGCGCGACGCCUUGAUUCUGCAGUUGGAGACCAAACUGUCUGCUUUGCAGAGCGAUUACAAAACUUCGCAGUUGAAGGUUCUAGAACUGGAGAACGUUAAGAUGGAAUUUUCGAAACACAAGUCCGGAAUGGCCGAGAUAGUGAAAAUAUACAAGGACCAAAUACAAGAUCUCCACAACAGGCUUAAGGAUGCACAGAUCACUCUGUUCCAGCCCGUCCGUCUGUCUAUCAGUCCGGACUCAGAAAGCCCUGGCGAGUUCAGCAGCUACCUCGCCAAUGUCAAAUUAUAUGACAGGACGCUGAAGCAUUUAGCCGAGCUGUUAAACGGCUUGGUUCAUGGUGCAUCGGACAGCCUAGUACAGACAAUAGGCGUUGUUGCGAGCCUGCACGACUUCAAGCUAGAGCGAGCGACCGCCGACCAGGUCCGCGCCGGACUGGCCGACGUCAGGCAGCAACUGGACAAACAGUACAGCAACGCCCUCAACAACAUUGGCCAAGUAAGAAGCACUCUGACAAUAUUUGAAGGUAUAUUCAAAGACUACAACGAGUUGCUGAAAAAAUCGGUGACAAUGCAAAAUAAACCUUCAGGCGGUCCGAACGUAGAGGCGCUGACCACGGCUCUGCUCGCCAGAGGGCAGGAGGUGUCGGCUCUAACCCUGGAGCUGAACACUUUGCGACAGCAGAAAGAGGAAGUCGAUGUACUGAAAGCGCAGCUGGAUCUCUACAAGAGCGACUUCGAAGCCGAGCGCACGGCUCGUGAGAUGAUGGCCGUGGAGAAGGAGCACAUCCUCACAGACCUGCGGACCAGUCAGCGCCGCAACCAGGAGCUCAUGCAGAAACUCGAACAGAACCCGACCGUUUCCAGCAACAGCAUGAGCCCCCAAAACAGACCUAAUAUACGCCCCGCCGGGUCUCGUCCGACCACUGUCAUCCGAACUGCGACCCCCAGCUCGCCAUCUUCCAUUUCUACGCAGGGCAACACUACCGGCAAUAUGGUGUACAAGUGCCCGAAAUGCCUGAGAUUCUCGAGCGAGCAGUACAAAGCUAUGGAGGACCAUUUCGACUUCUGCUUGGACGACUUUUAAGUUUCGUGGAAACUGUUCUCUUCUUCAAGACUUUUGGUAUGUUGGCCCUGUAUCUACGUUAGGCCGCCUUAGUGCCUUAAGCUUUGGAUUCCUCCGAAAGCGGUGCCGUCAUAUAGCGGCCGUUAUAUAACGGCCGCAAAAGACGGCCGUCUUUACGGUGACGACAUGUGGAAAGUACCACGGCGUCAUAACACACCGUCAGCCACCAAGGUUAAAGCGGCAAAUUUGAAAAAUGUAGGCGCGAAGGGAUAUCGGCCCAUAGAAAAUUUGAAUUUCGCGCCUUUUUCUACUGACAAGAUUUGCUUAACCAUCUAUAAUUUACUUGGAGGAUGAAAUAUCAUCAGAAGAGGAAAAUAAUCGUAGUACGGAAGAUCGUUCGAUAAAUCUCGUGUCAUUUAUUCAAAAUGGCUUCACCGCUAUCUAAUAAAACGUUCACGAAACUAUCGACACCGUCAUGACGGCCGUCAUCCAAAUAACGGCACCGCUUUUUUACGUUACGUUGACAAUCAACGCCGUCUAGGAAACCGCGCCAUCUUGUUUACAUAGACAACGUUCUAGUGACGUCAUUCACCGCUAUAUAGCGGCCGCUAUAUGACGGCACCGCUUUCGGAGGAAUCCAAAGCUUUACCACUGCUGUAACCCGGAGCGGAGAAGGCAAUGCUAUUAGUUGACUUCCGCACGUCUUCUCUUAUCUCCGCCUCAGUGGAAAGGCAGCUUUGGACGAUAUUUACCUCGUUUUUUAAGAUUAGAAGAAGCUUAUAGGAAAUUAAAAAAAAGAGGUGUGUAUAAGAAAAUAAGAAGCAAUUUUAAA